GAUUCAGAAAAAUUAAUUUAAGAAAAGUCUACACAUCAGAAAUAGAUUCUGAAUUAUUAUCUUUAGUAAAGCGUGAUCCUCAAGGAACUGUAAAUUUAGUAAAUCAAAAUGAUAGGCGUUAUGUUGGCUCAGUAUUAGUUGGCGGUCAAAAUUUUACCAUUUUAUUUGAUACUGGGUCUUCCAAUCUUUGGGUUCCAAGUGUUUACUGUACCGACUCCGCAUGUACAGGUGGUAAUAUGUAUGAUCCUGCAAAAUCUACCACAUAUAAAAUGCUUCCAGCUCCAAAUAAUUUUACUGUUAAUUUCGGUGAUGGUUCACAGAUCCAAGGAUAUAAAGCUACAGAUACUGUCAAACUUGGUGGUCUCUCUAUUACACAAACUAUUGGUGUAGUAACGAAUUUUGGUUCUACGUCUUAUAAAGGUGGCGGUGUUAUGGGCUUGAAAUUUAUUCCAGAUAUGCAAUUUAAUACCCCUAAUAUAAUACAAACUAUGAAAGCGCAAAAUGUAUUAAAUAAAGCUUUGAUCAGUAUACGCUUUAGUCCAAGCAGCUCAAGCUAUCUAACACUUGGUGACGUUCCAAAUGAAUAUUCGAAAAGUAUUUCGUAUAAUAAAGUGGUGGAUAAUAAUACAUGGACUAUUGCAAUAAGUGAUAUUCAAGUCGAUGGAAGUUCUCUCGGACUUAAAUCAAAUGCUUUAGUUGACACUGAUUCUAAUCAAGUUUCCACCAUCCAUGGAAAAAUUAGUGGCGCUAUCCUUUCCAAUAAUAUAUGGUGGAUUCCUUGUAACACUAAAUCUAAAGUCUCUUUAGUAUUUAAUGGUGUACCUUAUGAAAUUGAUUCUAGUCAAUUGAUAAAAACAAAAAAUAACACAACAGGACUAUGUAGGUCAGGUAUACAACCACAACCUGCAACUGGUCUCUCUUGGUCUCUCGGUGAUGUAUUUUUAACAAACGUUCUUGCUGUAUUUGAUUAUGAUAAUUUACAAAUUGGUCUUGCUUCACCUGUGGCUACGGUAGGCUGA